GAAAACAACAGCAGCCUAUCUGUACUGUUGUUGCCGACAACAUUUCAUGUCAAAUAAAGAAACAGUAGAUUCCUUAAUGAAUUGGAAUACUUCUUGCCGCCAACAGGACAAAUCUAGUCAGUCCCCCUCCACCCUCCAGGAGUCCCCAGGUCGACCGCCUCCUGGUACUUUACUGCUGGGUCUGGUCGACUGCAGGAAAACACCGGGGCAGAGUGGAACUGAGAGAGGAGAAGUGGAACAUGGAGAUUUGAUUUCAUUAAGGGACAGCCCUAACCAUUGCUCUCUCAGUGGGAGGGGCUUAUCAUCUGGGGAGCCUCAACAACAACAUGAUGCUGACAAGACGUCUCUCCAGAAGAGUCUCUCCAGAUCAGAACGUCUCAAUAAACACCAGCAGAGACUUAUAGGGAAGAAACCCCACCACCGCUGCUCUGACUGUGGGAAGACUUUUGCUCAACUGAGAAAAUGUAUAAUUCACCAACGGAUUCACACUGGAGAGAAGCCUUAUAGCUGUGAUCAAUAUGGGAAGAUCAAUAAAUCAAGAGACCUGACUAUACACCAGCGCAUACACACAGGAGAGAAGCCUUAUUGCUGUGAUCAGUGUGGGAAGAGCUUCAAUCAAUCACGAGACCUGACUAUACACCAGCGGAUACACACAGGAGAGAAGCCUUAUAGCUGUGAUCAGUGUGGGAAGAGCUUCAAUCAAUCAGGACACCUGACUAUACACCAACGCAUACACACAGGAGAGAAGCCUUAUAGCUGUGAUCAGUGUGGAAAGAGCUUCAAUCAAUCAGGACACCUGACUACACACCAACGCAUACACACAGGAGAGAAGCCUUAUAGCUGUGAUUGGUGUGGGAAGAGCUUCAUUUAUUCAGGACAACUGACUAUACACCAACGCAUACACACAGGAGAGAAGCCAUAUAGCUGUGAUCAGUGUGUGAAGAGCUUCAUUCAUUCAGGACACCUGACUACACACCAACGCAUACACACAGGAGAGAAGCCUUAUAGCUGUGAUCAGUGUGGGAAGAGCUUCAAUCAAUCAGGACACCUGACUACACACCAACGCAUACACACAGGAGAGAAGCCUUAUAGCUGUGAUCAGUGUGGGAAGGGCUUCAAUGAUUCAGGACAACUGACUACACACCAACGCAUACACACAGGAGAGAAGCCUUAUAGCUGUGAUCAGUGUGUGAAGAGCUUCAGUCAUUCAGGAUCCCUGACUAAACACAAGCACAUACACAUAGGAGAGAAGCCUUAUAGCUGUAAUCAGUGUGGGAAGAGCUUCAGGAAAUCAGGACACCUGACUACACACCAACGCAUACACACAGGAGAGAAGCCUUAUAGCUGUGAUCAGUGUGGGAAGAGCUUCAGGAAAUCAGGACACCUGACUACACACCAUCGCAUACACACAGGAGAGAAGCCUUAUUGCUGUGAUCAGUGUGGGAAGAGCUUCAGGAAAUCAGGACACCUGACUACACACCAACGCAUACACACAGGAGAGAAGCCUUAUAGCUGUGAUCAUUGUGGGAAGAGCUUCAGGAAAUCAGAACACCUGACUACACACCAACUUUACUGA